UUUCAUUGAUUUUACAAAUAAACAAAGUGCACAUAUAAAUAUAUAAGUACUCAACGAGUCCCGGUAUGUUUGUUUAAAGUCAUUCUUAAAUAAAAAAAUUCCGUUGAAUAGAAAAACUAUCCAGUUACAAAGUCCACCCAUUAUUAUUCUUGAGAGUUGAGACCCUGUACAGCGUAACUCUUAUUACUAAGUGGAUUGUAAUAUCCAGUUGUUCUGUUAAGUAUUACAAUGAUGAAAUGCGUGUAUCUAUUGUAGUUGUUCUGGAAGUUGGGAUAAUAAGCGCACAAGGGCUAAUGCCAAUGAAAACAAGAGAUGGUAGAGGAACCACAGAUGCUUAUUGUGUUUCUAAAUAUGGACAAAAGUGGAUCAGGACAAGGACAAUCGUAGAUAACUUAUCUGAAGAUUCUAGGGUGUAUGCAGGACUGAAAAUACAUCCGUUUUUUUCAUUGUGGAAGGUAGAGAAGAAAAAUCAGGAGGAGGAAUGUAGUUUGAUCCCUACUAAGAGGGAAGGGAGAGGAGUUACAUGUGAUUCUAUUCAUGUAUUUGAAAAUGUUCAGGAUGAUGUUUCACCCCUUGACUGGAGUGGUUGGACAUUUUUGAAUGAUACCACCACUGCGGAGUUUGGUCCAACAAGUUUAAAUUUAUGUUUUGUUGAAUCCUUAAAUUUUGAUAACUUUCCUGAUGCUUUAAAAUCCUCAAGCACUUCAAUUUCUCAGAAUGUCAUGUCUUGCUCAGAUCAACUUUUUAAACAGUCAGAUAAUAUGCUGGAAAUAUCACUAACAAAUUCAGCUGGCCUAGCUAAUGAGCGAGCAAUAUGUCCAUCAAAGCUAGAAGGUGUCAAGGACCUGGACUUGGAGGGGAAUGAAAUCAAUACUUUUUCAGGACAUAAGAACAUUUUCAGAAAGUCAGAUACUGAGCCACAAAGUAAAUUUCUUCAAGAAAGGUUAACACACAUUACCCAAACCAAAUAUCUUCUUGGUGAUAAUAUGCGUAAAUUUUACCAUAGUGAAUCUUUUUUUUUAUUUUAUGUUUAUGUCAUGCAUAUUUUCUUUAUAUUGUAGAUUCUCUUAAUUACCUUUUGUUGCACUGUUUAUUUUUUCUUUUCACUAAACCAUUACAUGAACUUUGAGUCUCAGUUAUUAGAUCCUUUAAGACUAGGAACAAUAUAUCCCUAAUUAAUUGGUUUACUUGUGAUUGUUUUGGCCAAAAGCAAGGUGGCUGUGAAAUCAUUUUGUGGUCUUUACAUUUUGAUAGAUGUGGUAUACUAUUUUAAGCAAUCACUUUCUGUUUCUUUCUUUUCGCAAUCUCUCUCUUAACCUACUAAGUA